ACUCUUCGGCCGUUAGGGGCCGCUGGGAAGGGUUCUCACACGCCCACCUCUCUUCUCCACCCAGGAACCAGAAGGCGGCAGGCCUCUUUGGUCUGAUCAGAUUAUUAACCUGUCUUUCCACUUAGCAGCAGAACCCCUGGAUACGUUGCUUUAUUCUCCCUCCCGGAGGACAGGGUCUGAAUUUGAUUCAGGUAUAUUUCUUAAUAGCUACCCAGCACAAUGGAAAGCUCAGGGAAAGCAAAUAAAAAGGAUAUGAAUGAUGGGCCAGCAAAAGAAGUCAAAUUGCCUACCAGCGAAGCACUUCUAGACUAUCACUGUCAAAUAAAGGAAGAUGCAUUGGAGCGAUUCAUGUUUCAAAUAAAGAAACUUAGGGAAAAGAACCAAAAGUAUCAGGAAAGAAAUAAGCGCAUAAAAGACGAACAGAAAUGGCACAUACGAAACCUACUAAAGGAACUGAGUGAAGAUAAGUCAGAGGGAUUGCCAGUGGUAACAAGAGAGGAUGUUGAAAAAGCAAUGAAGGAAAAAUGGAAGUUUGAAAGAGACAAGGAAAAAAACUUGAAAGAUAUGCGCAUGCAAGUAAGCCACACUGAGAAACUAUAUCUUGAGAAACUUGGUGAAAAGGAAUAUUGGGAAGAGUACAAGAAUGUAGGGAGUAAACAACAUGCUAAUCUGAUUAUCUCCUUACAAAAUGACAUCAAUACAGUUAAAGAGAAUGCAGAGAAAAUGUCAGAACAGUAUAAAAUCACUCUGGAAGAUGCUAGAAGGAAAAUAAUCGCAGAAACGUUGUUGCAACUGGACCAAAAGAAGGAGUGGGCCACACAGAACGCUGUAAAGUUAAUUGACAGGAACAGUUAUCGAGAGAUCUGGGAGAAUGAUUGGUUAAAAAACGAGAUUGCAAUUCACAAGAAGGAAGUUGAAGCAUUAGAAAGUGUUGUUCAAGAACUGGAAGAAGAAAAUUUGGUGCUUAUUGAUCAACUCUUCAGGUGUAGACUUUUGGAUCUCAAAAUACCCAGGCAACUAUAUCUAACCCAAGCUGCUGGAUGGGAAAUACCGCCUAAAAAAAUACCUUUGGAGUUGCCAGAAUCACACAUAGAUGAGAGGUCAAAAUUGCAACUCACAGAAGUAGAAAGUGGAGACAUGAUGAGCUCAUCACUUGAGAGCAGUAUCUUACAUUUUGGUCAUGAAGACAGCAUCAGAAAUGUCCACUACCUGAUGAGAGAUCAAAAGGAGAGUUCGUGCACACAGUUUGCGAGCUCAUACUUACUAUAUGAGGAUGAGAGGGAUUUCAAGGAUUACGUACAAUUGGGCCCCAUGGGGGUGAAGCUCAUGAGCGUGCAGAGUGAGAAAAUGCCCAUUCAUGUUCAAGACAAGGAAAUUUCAGCCAAAUUCUUUGAAGAUGUCAGGGGCCCAGAAAACCUCAUCACAUAUAAGAUGAUGAAGUCUUUUCUCUAAGACUGAAAGCUGCAAAGUAAAAACAACUUUUUCUUAUAAGUGUUUUUUGGAAACUGAAAUAAUAUAUCAGUUGCCCAUUUUACUUACACACUGGCCCAUUUUUAAACCAGUUGUUAUUCCUAAGGGUCAUAAUUACAUUGAAAAUGAAAGUUUCAAGUGUUCAGCUAUUCAUUUCCUUACACGGUAUGAGUGACCAAAAUGAAAGUACAUGGUAUAUUUCUAUACUGAAGUAUUCAGAAGCAUCACAGUGGGUUCAAGGUGGUCUCUGAGGUUCCAUCCCAAAUAAAAAUUCACUGAUGAAUGUAUAA